GAGCGCGGGAGUGUUGAAGAGCGGGAUCCGCUGCAGGUCAGACUAGAAAAUGACCUGUGCCACCAUGGAUGUUGAGGACAUUCACAAUGUCCUGUCCGUCAUGCAGAAGAACUUGGAAUGUCCCAUUUGCUUGGACCUGAUGAAGGAGCCUGUGGCCACCAGAUGUGAUCAUAUAUUUUGCAGGUUUUGCAUGUUGCAGCUUCUCGGCAAGAAGAAGAAAGGUCGGGCCGAGUGUCCUCUGUGCAAGAAAGAAGUUACUAAAAGAAGUCUCCAAGAUAGUCCUAGGUUCAAGCUCCUGGUUAAUGGUCUGCUGAAAAUUAUAAACGCCUUUGAGCUGGACUCUGGGUACAAAUUUUUUCCAAGUCAGGACUAUGCCAGUACUGUCGCAGCAAGCCAUAAAGAGACACUGAAAAAAGAUGACCAACCUGUGGUGCAGAGCACUGGGUACAGGAACCGAACCAGGAGGGGAAUAUUGAAUGGAGGACCUUAUGAAGACCACUUGUCCUUGCUGGAAACCAGCGCUGACACGCCGCUCGCGAGGGACGCAGACACGUGGAACUGUAAGCAGCCUAAGCGGCAGAAGAAAGACACCAAGCAGCUAAUCACAGACUUGGUGUCUGACUCCUCCGAAGAUGAUCUAUUCAAGAGAGCAGGCAGCUUGGGAAGUUUUGCUGGUGAACCAAACAUGUCAUGUGAGCCCCUAGUAUCCCUGGAUUCUGAGAAAAAAGAAGACUCCCCGAUGGCCAAUGAAGCAACUGAUCAGGUUCCUUCUAAGCUGGAGUCAGAAGAUGUGGCAGCAUCGGAUCUAGCUGAAUAUGGAUUUUCUGAAAGAGACCUUGAGAGCCUUAGAAGCAAUUUAUUGUCCAUUGAGGGCGUCCGAACCCUUAGAGAGUCGCCCAGUGAAAAGUCUGCAGUAGUUAGAGACCCUUUAUUAUCUGAUAAAGACUUUUGCCAAAAAGUGGGCGAACAAGGCUCACACAGAAAACUCGAUGAGAAUGUAGGAAGCUCAAAACUCACAGAGCACAAUGCCAGAAUGCAGAUGGAAAGGCAACCGUCCAGUGAAAGUCAGACUUUGAAAAUUGCAAUUGAUUUUCAAUAUGAUCGAGAAGACUCUACCCCUGAAAACAUGGGUAGCACUCAGGGUAGUCCAAGGGAUGCCUCAUGUGCAGUGUCCAGAGAAAGGGUUAAGAAAAGUAUUAAAAAAGUCAAUGAGUGGCUACUGAAGACAGAUGAUCUUUUGUAUAAUUCAAGGGAUGUUGAGUUGCUAACUGAUGUCUCUCAGAUUGAAGAUCCGGAUGCUUCUGACAAAGCUUCCAAUGUGUCUGAUGAGACAGAAAUUAUGGCUGUGUCUCAUCGUCAUGUUGUGGCGGAUGCUGUUGAAAAGAGUAUGGUUAGUGCUGAGGAUAGGAUAUUCGGUCGAGUGUACAAACGGGAGAAAAAGCCAAGCCUAGUAGGUAAAGUGACAUGCGUUGCUGAUGUCCACGUAGAUGGUGUUGGGGGGUCCUUAAAAGUAAAUGAGGUUCCCAAAAUUGCCACUUUAAAGCCAAAAAGGAGUGCUGGUCUUCUGCCUGAACACUUUAUCAAGAGAGUUGACGAAAAGGAAGGGAAUGACGAUAGUAUUGUCAGUGGGGCAGUGGUUGUGGACGAUUUUGGGUUGGAUGUGGAAAUCAGUCAGCUGAAAGCCUCAAAUGCCUUAUUGGAUGCUGAUAAAAUAGAGGUGAUAGGUCCAGAUUUGGAAACCUUUUCGGAUGCUCAGUCAAAUAAACCAAAGAAGCAGAAGAAGCCCUUGAAAAGGAAGUCUGAGAAGACCAAACGCACGCAGAUGAUCCAGACUCUCCAUUUGACUAAAGGAACAGAUGUAGACUCAUGCCAACAGCAAAGUCCUCAUUUAUCUGAAGUAAAAAUUGACAGCUAUCCAAGUAGCACUGAACUGGGACAUGAAGUUAACCAGAAAAACGUUAGGCGGAGUAAAAGACUUAAUUUGUUCAAAGAAAAUGAUUUUCCCUUCUGUUCAAAUCAGAUGGUGGCAGUUAUGAAUAUUAAAGACAAUAGGGCUGAGGGGCCGCCUAUCCAAAAUCCUCCAGACAACAUGCCUACCCUAGUCAACUGUGAAGAGCCAUGUUUAGAUUCUGCUGUGUUAGAAGACCCAGGACCCCAAAUUAAUGGCAAGUCACCAGAUGCAGUCCAAAAUGGGACCAUUGUAGUAAAUGGAAGUUCACACAUGAAGUGUGAUUCUCCUCAUGUGGCAAGAGAGAUGUGCAAUGGAUCCUCUCCAAUGCCAAAGCAGGAUGCAGAACCUGUGGUAAACGCAGUGGAUGUGGAAGACUCUGACCUUGACACACAACUCCUGUUAAAGACAUUCAAAAGUGCCAAAAGGAUGUCCUUCAAACUAGAUCCAGUUACUGAAACUGCUAAUAAUGAUAAUUGUGACUUAAUGGACAUCUGUGAAAUUAACACCAGCUUAACAAAUAAACAGGGUAAAAAUGAAAAGUGCAAAUCUGAGGAAAACCAAUGUAAUGGUCAAGAAAUCCAGCCGGAGCACUCAAGAAAGCUGAGAUCUAAAAAAAAUUCCAGAUUAUCUUCUAAACACAAUGGGAUGAGUUCAGCUGAGAACACAGAAAGCGUAAUAGUACUUACGACUAAGACUAUAAAAGCAGAUGACGUGGAGCCCCUUGAAAACUGUAAUCCUGCUAAAAAUGCUGCUGUAAGUAAGAUUAAGGGAUCGCCGUUGCUUUUAGAAACCGAAACGAUCUCUCUGUACCCUAUAGUUACUCAUCAAAAUUCUGCUGCAGCCAAGCGAGGAGACACUAGAAGUAGGACCGCUCAAGGAGAAAAUGAGCAAGCAAAGAACGAUUGUUAUCAGAACUGCAGUUUUGAUGAAGAGCAGGCAAAUCAAAUUACUUCUUCUAAUAGUUCUCAGGGGUCGUGGACAGGGAAACUACUAGGCCAUGCAGUGUCUCAUAAUAGAAGUCCUGAAGUUGACUCAGAGACGCCUGAUGGAUUGUUGGGUAGCGUUGACGGACUUCAAAAAGAUACAAGUUACUGUGCUGUAGCUGAAAAGUCAUUUGUCUUUGGAGCCGACAAGAAGUCACAAUUGCUUGACCGCCCCGUGUCUCCUGUCAUCCAGUCACAAGUUGUAAGAAGUCGAAAACGUAGAGUGCAAAAGUUAGAAUCUUCCGAAGAAGAGUCAAGUGGAGAUGAGGAGUUGCCUUGUUUAAACAUAUUAUUUGGCAACGCCUCAACUGUUGCUGACCCGAAAAAUACAUCUGCCAGUUCCUCACCCAAGCAGCAAGGUGGCGGUGUCCUGGCAAUGUUUAGUAGCUGCAGCACUAGUAGCAAAACUCAGACUAGCUUCAAUCUCCCACGUAACGCUUUGGUAUGUAGUCAGGAAUCUCAGUGUUCUGUGAAUUUGUUCUCUUCUCAGUCAAACACAUCUGAUCACUCUAUGAAUGGAGCCACAGGUACACACAACCAGCAUAGGACUCAGGAGAGUAGUCCAAAAAGAGCAAGGGUGGAAGUGUAUGGUAAUGAGGACAAAAUGACGAACUUGGAGAAUGAGGGAGAAGAAAUGACUAUUGUGGAGAAUGAUUGUGAAGACCCAUGCCAAGAACAUAAUUUAGGUGACGUCUCUGGAUGCGAUAGCGAGGCCAGUCACACGGGGGACUCUUCUGGGCUGUCUUCUCAGUGUGAAAUCCUCAAUACACAGCAGCGGGAGGCCAUGCGAAACAAUUUAGAUAACCUUCAGAGGGAAAUGGCUGCCCUGGAAGCGGUUUUGGAACAGCGUGGUAGCCAGAGUCCUGCUUCUGGGAGGAAGCAAGCAUCCACAGUGGAGCAUGUCACCAAGAGACCACAGGAGGCCCAGGAGAAACAAGCAGACGAUGAAGCUUAUCAAUCUCCUGAUGCGAUCCCCGAGACGGCACAGGGUGCGGCAUCUGGACGACAAAGCACCGAACAUCCACCUCCAGUAGGAAUCCGGUCAAGGUCACCGACUCCACCCCUUAGCCUUCCUCAGAUGCCAUCAAGGAAAGAGACUCCAGAGAAAAUCUGUGCUUCUUUCAAUGUGUUCAAAGAGCUGAAGGAAUCCACCCUAACAGAUGACGAAUCAAUGGGUCAGAAAGGAGAUGUUCUCCAUGCUCAUGAGUCAGUUCCAGAUUGUGCACCGCCUGCAUCCAGCCUGAAAAAUUCCAAGUCUCCCAAACGAAGCCUGAGGAGUAAACUGCAAGCAGCAAAUAGCCAUAGCACUUUCAGUAGAGGAAGCACUAGACAAUCGCCGCAGCAAUCAAGCAAGCAACCGAGUAGCACUCCGAGAAGCUCGUCGCCCACAUUUUCAUCACCCUUAAGGAGUAAAGUAGCUCCUUCAGUCAAGAGUCCUGUAGUUUCUAGGAAAAGAAACUAUUGUCUUGUGACAUCCGGCUUGAGUCAAGGUGAAGUGAUUCUGGUUCAGAAGUUUGCACGGAAAACCCAAAGCAUCUUUUCCAGCCAAAUGUCAGAAUUGACCACUCACGUCAUCAUGAAAACAGAUGAACAUCUUGUGUGUGAAAGGACUUUGAAAUAUUUUCUGGGAGUUGCCGGUAGAAAAUGGGUGGUUAGCUAUGAAUGGAUUGAACAGUCGUUCCGAGAGGGGAGAAUUCUUGAUGAGUAUGACUUUGAAGUGAAGGGAGACGUGAUCAAUGGAAAAAAUCAUAGAGGUCCCAGAAGAUCAAGACUAGGAUCAGAUGGACUGCUGCUGACAGACUUUGAGAUUUGCUGUCUUGGUUCUUUCAAAGAUAUGGCUAGAGAUGAUUUGGAGUGCAUGGUUUCAUUGUGCGGGGCAUCUGUGGCACGUGACCCAUCACAGUUUGAACAUAAAUCAGGGAUGACAUCUCUAGUGGUGGUCCAGCCAGAUAAAGAGACAGACUAUCCAGCCAUGAGGAAGAAGUACCGUUGUCUUGUGAUUACUCGUGAAUGGGUGCUGGACAGCGUGUCAAGUUAUAAACUUCAGGCAUUCGACAGUUACCUUAUGUGAUGUGAUCCGCGCUGCUUUCCUGUGGAGACAUUUGAUUACGUUACCACUUCUUUUUUUUUUUUUUUUUUUUUUUUGUGGUCUUAAAGGGUUUUCCCACAAGUGUUUACUAGAAAGGGGGUCCUGAGCCUUCCGUUCCUCCUUGCUGCUUAAUGUAUGAAGUGGUUGUUGAGCAUGCAUGCAACCACAACAUUCAUUGUCCACGGGACUGAAUGGGAUAGUUGAGUACAGUGCUUGGCUGUUCCCGUCACCAUGUUAUUUGAAUGGAUAUUCCAGAGACCUUGGAUUCUUUUGAUCUGUGGUGACCCAGCAGUGUGGCCCCCAGUGAUCAGACAUUCAUCACCCAUCCUGUGGAAAAACUCCUUUAAGAUUUGCAUGUCAUGAUUGAAAUUCUGCAUUUUGUGGGCAUUACUUCAAGGUCCUUAAAUAAGCUUUCCCCCCAAAAUGGGUACCCUGUGUUAUUGCUUUGCGAUUCAAACACCAAAGACAGAAAGAUGUCAGCCCCUAGGCAUAAUACAGAUGUUCCUGGAAUGUCCCUUUAAAUAACUGUUGAGAAAGGUCCAAUCCUUCCUUUAUGACAUGCAUUUCCCCAUGUGUAAGAUCAUCAGAGGCUACUGUUCUCUCUUUGUUUGGCAGGAUCCGCAUCCCUAUUAUUGCAUUGGAAACACAAUUUGCAGUACGUACGGCAAGCUUUAUAGAUGUUCAUACAUAAUCUUGCUUUGGAGACCUUUUUCAUGUACAGUACAACACCAAAAUUCUGCUGUCCCCAUACACACAGUUUUGGUAUCAUGCAGUUAACACUAAAGGGGCCUCAUUUAUCAAAACUAUAUUUGUUGCCCAAACCAACCAAUCAAAAUUCUGGUUUCUUUUUAAUUUCUUAAAGCGGUUUUCAGGAUUUUCACCAUGUAACCCAAUCACUCUGGUUUCCAUCCUGUAUGUAGUACUUCCUGUUGCUGUAUCCAACCAAGCCCAUGAUGCACUUCUCCUUUCCCUGUUACAGGGCCAGCACCGCCCCUAACAAUGCCCAGUUAGUUUAUAGCUCCUCCCACCCAACUACUUAGCUAGACCUGCCCUAUCACUGCCGCUAACAAUGCCCAGCUAGUUUAUAGCUCCUCUCACUCAGCUAGUUGCAUAGGCAUCCCCUGUCACUGCCGCUAACAAUGCCCAGCUAGUUUAUAGCUCCUCUCACUCAGCUAGUUACAUAGGCAUCCCCUGUUACUGUCGCUAACAAUGCCCAGCUAGUUUAUAGCUCCUCCCACCCAGCUAGUUACAUAGACACUCCCCUAUCAUUGCCGUUAACAGUGCCCAGCAAGUUUAUAGCUCCUCCAACCCAACUACUUAGACCUCCCCUAUCACUGCCGCUAACAAUGCCUAGCUAGUUUAUAGCUCCUCCCACUUAGCUAGUUACAUAGGCAUCCCCAAUCACUGCUGCUAACAAUGCCCGGUUAGAUUAUAUCUCCUCCCACUCAGCUAGUUACAUAGACACUCCCCUGUCACUGCCACUAACAAUGCCCAGCUAGUUUAUAGCUCCUCCCACUCAACUACUUAGACCUCUCCUGUCACUGCCGCAAACCAUGCCCAACCCGUUUAUAGCUCCUCCCACUUAACUACUUAGAUAGACCUCCCCUAUCAGUGCUGCAAACUAUGCCCAGCUAGUUUAUAUCUCCUCCCACUUAGCUAGUUACAUAGGCAUCCCCAAUCACUGCUGCUAACAAUGCCCAGCUAGUUUAUAGCUCCUCCUACUCAACUACUUAGAUAGACCUCCCCGAUCACUGCCGCUAACAAUGCCCAGCUAGUUUAUAGCUCCUCCCACCCAACUACUUAGCUAGACCUGCCCUAUCACUGCCGCUAACAAUGCCCAGCUAGUUUAUAGCUCCUCUCACUCAGCUAGUUGCAUAGGCAUCCCCUGUCACUGCCGCUAACAAUACCCAGCUAGUUUAUAGCUCCUCCCACCCAGCUACUUGGAUAGACCUCUCCUAUCACUGCCCUAACAAUGCCUAGCUAGUUUAUAGCUCCUCUCACUCAACUAGUUACAUAGGCAUCCCCUGUCACUGCCGAUAACAAUGCCCAGCAAGUUUAUAGCUUCUCCCACCCAACUACUUAGACCUCUCCUAUCACUGCCGCUAACAAUGCCUAGCUAGUUUAUAGCUCCUCCCACUCAGUUACGUAGCCAUCCCCUGUCACUGCCGCUAACAAUGCUUAGCUAGUUUAUAGCUCCUCCCUCCCAACUACUUAGACCUCCCCUAUCAGUGCCGCAAACAAUGCCCAGCUAGUUUAUAUCUCCUCCCACUUAGCUAGUUACAUAGGCAUCCCCAAUCACUGCUGCUAACAAUGCCCGGUUAGAUUAUAUCUCCUCCCACUCAGCUAGGUACAUAGACACUCCCCUGUCACUGCCACUAACAAUGCCCAGCUAGUUUAUAGCUCCUCCUACUCAACUACUUAGACCUCUCCUGUCACUGCCGCAAACCACGCCCAGCCCGUUUAUAGCUCCUCCCACUUAACUACUUAGAUAGACCUCCCCGAUCACUGCCGCUAACAAUGCCCAGCUAGUUUAUAUCUCCUCCCACCCUGAUAGUUACAUGGGCUUCCCCUAUCACUGCCCCAUUUGCUGGUUUGACACGCCUUUGGACAGAACAUGACAGGAAAUAAGAGCUGCAUGGACAUGGUCAUGUGACCACAGCUCAAAACGGAAGAUAGGCGCAUUAAAGGUAAAAGCAAUACAUAACAAAAUUGCAGUAACCUUCACAAAUAAUUUUAAAUUAUGUCGAUGCAAAACCGAAAACCCCUUUAAAUUACUCUUGUAAAAUGAAAGCUGCGCUGUGAUUGAUUGGUUGCUGUGUGCAUCAAAGGCAGUUCUGAUACAUUUGGUCCAAUCAGCUUGUUCAGUGGUUUUAUAAUGGUGUUGUAAACUUUUAUUAUAGUUAAGAGUAAUCAUUAUCUGAAUCGCAUUUGACCAUGAUAGGAAAAAUGCUACCAUAUACCUGUUAUACCGUAAAAUUCCUUUAAUCCGACAUCUUCCCCAUGCUGAAUUAGCAUUUUUUUUUCAAAGAACUCGUCAAUGACCCAGAGUUCUGUUGGUGGGCUCCCCAUCAAAUUUUGCUUCGACCCUGAUAAAUGUAAACCGUGGAGACGUUCCAGGCUGGCGCUGAAAAUGUGACCAUUGUAAAUGUGUGCCAGCCCACGAAGUAUCCCCCAUUUAGGUGCCUGAUUAAAGGAAUGUUACGGUAUUUUUUCACUUCAUGUUUUUUCUGUGUUUUAGUCUAUGCCUCUUUGCACUUUACUAGACAUGUGUUCUAUGCUCUAGAUAAGCUGCCGCACCCCCCUAAAAGGUUGUGGUAAGAAAGUGGUCCAGUCAUAUGGAUCAUGUGUCCUUAGAGUCCACAACUACGGUACGUGGCUAGUACUUCCAGUAUAUUCCAUCAAAUAUGUCACCGGCUUUUCCAUUAAAAGUUGUCCUCAAGUGCCGUAGCAUUGGCUGUAAUAGUUCUGUCCAGGACCAGCACGUGUGAACUAUACCCUGCUAUUUACCACUUGGAAAAUGUUAUCCAGUUCAGUGUCCCAAUACUGUACCUUAUGGGUAGUAACAAAAAGGUGAUGGCAUAGGUUUUAACGUAUGUUGUCUUAACCUUGGAUUUUUUUUCUCUGGAUUUUAUUGGCCUUGGAUCAUGAUACUUAAAUUCAUUGUUGUAAAUAAUGUAUUUAUGAUGUGUACAGUUGUUGUAAGAGGGAAAUUUAAAAUAAAAAAUUAA